GAUUUUAAUAAUAAUUAUUCGUUUGAAUAAGUGCGCACUGUAAUGUCGCUCGAUAUCUCAGUUCCGUUUGAGAACAUGUUAAAUUAAUAAAUUGUCAUGUCUAUUUAACUGUUGGUACAACGCUUUGUACAGUAAAUCGAGAGAUGUAAGAGAAUUUAUCUUAUCGCUUGACAUACCCGGUGUUAUAUAAACAAGUUUAUCACCACAACACUGUGCUGUGGACGUUCAGUUAUAAAAAAAUAUGAAUUUUAUUCGUUUGGGACUACUUCCUAAACAUCCGUUAACUAUGGAGUGUCGCAAUUUGCAUUUAUUGAAGAAGCUGGGUUAUAUUAAUGGAGAAUGGGUGAAUGCAAAGAGUAAUUCAGUGUUUCCUGUGAUAAACCCGGCAGAUGACAAGGUUAUUGCUGAGAUACCUGAUAUGGAUGCUACUGACGCAAAAAUUGCAGUUGAUUCGGCUACAAAUGCUUUCAAAACAUGGAAAGACACUUCAGCGAAGGAGAGGUCCAGUAUUCUACGAAAGUGGUUUGAUAUUUGUCAGAAGAAUAGUGACCACCUAGCUGAUAUUAUCACUGCUGAAGCAGGAAAACCGGUGGCCGAAUCAAAAGGAGAAGUGGCUUAUGGAAACUCUUUCUUGGAAUGGUUUGCUGACACUGCUCGUCACAUCAAUGGAGAAGUUAUCCCUAGUCCAUGGCCCAAUAAGCAAAUAAUAGUAACCAGACAACCUUUAGGAGUAGUAUCUAUCAUUACGCCAUGGAAUUUUCCAUUUGCUAUGAUUACUCGUAAAGUAGGAGCAUUGAUGGCAGCGGGAUGUACUUGUGUUAUAAAGCCAGCGGAAGAUACACCAUUAACAGCAUUAGCAGCAGUUCAAUUAGCUGAAGAAGCUGGUGUACCAAAGGGAGUAAUAAAUGUUGUUACAUCAAGUAGAAAAAAUGCACCCGCUGUUGGAACAGUGUUGUGUGAGGACCCUAAUGUUGGAUGUAUAUCAUUCACUGGGUCAACUCAUGUUGGUAAAAUUUUGUAUGGCAUGGCCGCCAAAGGUAUUAAAAGAGUUGCCUUAGAAUUAGGUGGAAAUGCCCCAUUCAUAGUAUUUUCCAGUGCAGAUAUAAACCAUGCAGUUGAGCAAGCAAUGUUGGCAAAGUUCAGAAACAAUGGUCAAGCAUGUGUUGGAGCAAAUCGUUUCCUGAUACAUGAAGAAAUAUUUGAUAAGUUUGUUGACUGUUUCAAACAUAAAAUAAGUCAAAAAUGUAUCUUGGGUCCAGGCCAUAAAGAAGGGGUCACAUGUGGUCCCCUUAUUAAUAUGGAACAGAUUAAGAAAGUAUCUGGCUUAGUAAAUGAUGCAGUUAAAAAGGGAGCAAAGGUGAAGAUUGGAGGACAAGUUGCAAAGGACAUUGGAGAAAAAUUCUAUGAAUCAACUGUUUUAGUUGAUGUCAAACCCGAUAUGGAAAUUUAUCGGGAAGAAAUAUUUGGGCCGGUUGCAGUGUGUUUAAAGUUUAAGACUGAGAAUGAAGCUUUGGAAAUAGCCAAUAGUACCAGGAGUGGGUUGGCCGCUUAUGUCUUUACUUCAGAUUUGGGCCAAGCUUUUAGAAUGUCCCGACAGUUAGAAUUUGGCAUGGUUGCAAUUAAUGAUGGCGUGCUAUCUGCAGCAGAACCUCCAUUUGGAGGAAUAAAAGAAUCUGGAAUUGGUAGAGAGGGAAGUAAACAUGGAGCCGAGGAGUACACUGAUUUAAAGUACACACUAUUUUCUGCUCUUGAUAAAUAACUUAUGUAGUUAUUGAAAAUAAUUAUUUGACAUUCUGUUAUUUGCACCUUUUUGUAUAAUGUAAAUUCCUGAUACUUUUAUGUAUGUGUGUAUGUAUUUUAUGUUUUUGUAUUCAGGGUUGGAACACAAGAUAUCCCCAAGAAUUGGUUUCCAUAAAAAUAUUUCAGUAGAAACAUUGUAAUCAUUAGCUAAUUAAUAAAAGAUAACUAAAGUGAUAAUUCCAGUCUUCCAGGAUAUUGUGAUUUUAGGAUAAGAUUUUACUUGUAUCAUAAGACAUUCUGCAUUUAUUUAAACCAUAUUUCCUGUAAAGAUUUAAAAUAUUAUAAUGUAUUGUUGUGUUUUGCUUGGUUAAUGUGAUAAAUUUAAUUUGUCUACAUAACAAUAAUAAUAAUUUGUUAUUCUAUGCUGAUUUUAUGUUUAAACUUAUUUAUAGU